AUGGCGUCCAAGCGCAUGACUCCAAUGGAGAUAUUUCAGAGGCAGCUUUUGAGUUUGUAUAGAUGGCAAAGACAAACACCAAAUGAGCCAUCUCUAGAAGAAGAUGAUGUAUUGGUGGACAACACCAAAAACUUCAUACCCACCAAUGAGAUUGGACUUGGAGCUGUUCUUCUUAAAGCAGAUCCUGGAUCAUCAUUGUCAUGCUCCUCCUCAACAGAUGACUUAGCUCAACCUCAAUCAUCUACAAAUGAGCCAUGA